AUGGAAAUUACAAUAGAUAAAAAUUUAGAAAUUAGUGAUAUUGAAAAUUAUCAAUAUCAAGAUAAUUAUAGUGAUAAAAAUAAUCAAUAUGAUGUUAAAUAUGAUAAUGAAAAUUAUCAAUACAAUAAUGAAAAUAAUCAAUAUAAUAAUGAAUAUGAUGAUCAAUUGGAAGAGAA